GCUCGGCCCGCCGGACGUGACUGCGCAUGCGCGCUGCGGACAGCGCGGGGCGCUGGUUUUUUCGUCAGGGAGCACAUCCGCACCACCAAGGUAGAGCAAGUGAAAUUGCUAGAUAGGUUCAGCACCAGCAAUAAGUCGCUAACGGGAACUCUGUACCUUACAGCAACUCAUCUCCUAUUCAUAGAUUCCAGCCAGAGAGAGACCUGGAUACUACAUCAUCAUAUUGCUGCAGUGGAAAAACUUCCCUUAACUACUUCUGGCUGCCCCCUUGUCAUCCAGUGCAAGAACUUCAGGAUUGUUCACUUUGUUGUUCCCAGGGAGAGGGAUUGUCAUGACAUUUAUAACUCUCUGCUUCAGCUGUCAAGAACAGCACAAUAUGAUGAGCUGUAUGCCUUUUCCUAUAAUCCAAAACAAAAUGCAUCUGAGCAAGUGAAAGGCUGGCAACUUAUUGAUCUAGCAGAAGAGUAUAAGAGAAUGGGAGUGCCAAAUGCCAACUGGCAAUUGUCCGAUGCAAAUCGUGAUUAUAAGAUCUGUGAAACUUAUCCUAAAGAACUUUAUGUUCCUAGAACUGCAAGCAAACCUAUAAUUGUGGGUAGCUCCAAGUUCAGAAGCAAAGGAAGAUUCCCAGUGUUGUCUUAUUAUCAUAAAGAUAAAGAGGCUGCAAUUUGCAGAUGCAGUCAACCUCUCGCAGGUUUCAGCGCGAGGUGCUUGGAAGAUGAGCACAUGUUGCAAGCAAUCAGUAAAGCAAAUCCUUCAAAUCGCUUCAUGUAUGUCAUGGACACCAGGCCAAAGCUUAAUGCAAUGGCAAACAGAGCUGCUGGGAAAGGCUAUGAAAAUGAAGACAACUACUCUAACAUUAGAUUCCAGUUUGUUGGAAUUGAAAAUAUUCAUGUGAUGAGAUCCAGCUUACAAAAACUGUUGGAAGUCAGUGGUACAAAGGGUUUAUCUGUCAACGACUUCUUGUCUGGUUUGGAGAGCUCUGGAUGGCUUCGUCAUAUCAAAGCUGUGUUGGAUGCUGCUGUCUUCCUCGUCAAGGCAAUAGCGGUUGAAAGUGCUAGUGUGUUAGUGCACUGCUCCGAUGGCUGGGAUAGAACUUCCCAAGUUUGCUCCCUUGGAGCUCUGCUACUAGAUUCCUAUUACAGAACAAUUAAAGGCUUCAUGGUCUUGAUAGAGAAGGAUUGGAUUGCUUUUGGGCACAAAUUCUCUGACAGGUGCUGUCAGUUGGAUGGUGAUCCAAAAGAAAUCUCACCGGUGUUCACACAGUUCUUAGAAAGCGUGUGGAAUCUCACUGAGCAAUUCCCUCGAGCCUUUGAGUACAAUGAAGCUUUCCUCCUUCAGAUCCAUGAGCAUGUCCAUUCCUGUCAGUUUGGAAACUUCCUUGGAAACUGCCAAAAAGAGCGAGAAGAACUAAAAUUUAGAGAGAAGACCUAUUCCUUGUGGCCAUUCCUUCUGGAUGAACAAAAGAAAUAUCAAAAUCCUUUGUAUGAUCCAGAUGUUUCUCCAGAGCUAACUCUUUUGGAGCCUAACACAGUGUCUUUCAACUUUAAGUUUUGGAGGAACAUGUACCAUCAGUUUGAUCGAAGUCUGCAUCCCAGGCAAUCUGUAUUGGAUCUUAUCAUGAACAUGAGCGAGCAAAAUAAACAACUGGAAAAAGACAUUAAAGAACUGGAAGCUAAAAUAAAGCGGAGAAACGGCCAACUGGAUGGAGUCCUCUUGAAGGAGCCUCUGCAGUCUGCCCCGCCAGCACCCGUCUCGCUGAAAUCCCCUCCUUGCUUCAGGAAGGAGCAGCCGCUGAUGCCGGGGACGGACGCCGUGAGAACCAUAGAGGGCAGCAGCAGCGCAGACAAUCGCUACAGCGAGUUCAUGGAGGAGCUGGCCAAAGCGGAGCCCGCCGUGGUCAGCCUGGAGUACGGCGUGGCCCGCAUGACCUGCUGA